AUGCCUCCUCCCGCUCUUGAUUUGGCCAAGGAGGUCCUCUUCUACCUCGUACUACAGGAUGCCGAAUCACGGAAAAUCGUCGAAGAAAACACCUCCUACCAAAGCCGGUACAACGGCGCCCUCAGCUUGCGGGUCAAGGCUGGGAACACGUCCAAGUUUGCCGGACGUGUCUUGUCCGUCGGCAGACUGAAACAAACGAGCGACAUUGUGCUCUACCUCCGCGGCAUGCCCGACCAGCAAUGCUACUUUCAGCUCUACCCGUCCGGGGAGCUGAUUCUCCAAGACGCGACGACGGGCUACCACACCAGCAUCGGAUGCAGGGAUGCAAGCGGCAAAGUCAUUGACAAAUACAGCCUGCAGGACGAUCCCCGUCGUCGAGUCAUACCAAUGGACCGCAGCCUGCCAAUCGUUAUAUGGCUCACCUCGGAGAUAUCGUUCAAGUUUGUGUGGGGAGAGAGCAUCAUGAAGAAUGUCGACGCGGCGAGGAAAGCCCUCAUUGUGAUUGCAGAGGCAAAUAAUAAGGCGGGCGGAGUCCAUUUCGAGCCACAGCGAACACUCAAUCCCGCCAUGAUAGAAUUCGAGCCAAGAAGCCCCAAUGCGCCAAAGGUCCCCAUCGAUCUCGACAAAAAGCCGCUCCGCCAGAUCCACACGUACAAGGUUCUUGGUGAGGGGGGUUUCGGUAGAGUCUUCAUGGCGGUGUGUCUUGCUGAAGGGAAGUUGUAUGCCGUCAAGGAGUGCAAGAAGAAGACACAGAAAUCAGGCUUCAAGCAGAAGUCGAACAGCUGGCAAUACUUCGACGUCGGUGGCACGCUGGUGUACCUGGCCCCCGAGGCCACACGCGAGGGCAUCAUGACGAGGGCCACCGACGUGUACGUCUUUGGCCUCAUGCUUCUUGAGGUGCUCGGGCGAUACUGUCCCAGCGAGGGAAAUGCCAUGUUCAUGAAUAUUUCUCAGUGGAGACGGAAGCUGGAGGGAAAUCUCAGGCUGGAGAGCCUGAGAGACAAGUGCAGGAAGUAUCAAGACCGACCGCCGCUCCGGGCUCCGUUCUUGCCCAACUUUGAGGCGAGGCACGGCUGUGUGCAGUCACUGAGCGAUUUCAAGUUGCUGCGUCCCUCCGUCGAAGGCGUACUCCAUGAGGACCUGAAAAAGAGGAGUACUGCAUCGAGGGCACGAAUUGACCUCCUGAGGGAUUACGCGCCCAGCAUGCUGGCAUUUGAGAAGAAGCCAGUCAAGGAAAAGCGUUGA